GAGGAAAUGCCUCUCUAAAUACUCGAUACGUUCUUCCUCCUCCUCCACCCCGUCCACCCGUUCUCCGGCGCCUCCGAUCCGAGGACUCGUCCCUCCUCCCCGCGACCGCUUUGUCCCUACUUCCACGCUCCCGUCCUCCUCCUCCUCCUCCUCCUCCUCCUCCUCCUCGUCCUCCUCCUACCCUGCAUUUAGCGCGCGCGAGAGGCGCGACGUCGCGCUCGAGGAAUGGCCAGUCCCGUGCUCCACGAAAUCUCCCCGCGACGGUUUUGGCGGGAUUUUCGGCGCAUGCGCCGAGUGUCGUUCUCUUUCUCUCACACGCGCGCGAGCGAACGAACUUUGUCAGUGGCUUCUCUCGGAGAUCUUUCAUUGCAUAAUGACUUAUCUAUCGCCGCUGAUAUCGUGCCGGAUACUGAGAAUCUACCUAACCUUCUUUCUCAUGCUGGAUCCGAGCGUAUUAACGGACCUGGAGGAGCUGACGCUUUGCGGUUGCUGCAAGCAGAAGUACAAUGACGUAGAGCAAUGCCCCAAAUAUCUUAGCUGCAAGCAUUAUUUCUGCCUACGGUGCAUCGAGAGCAAUCUGCUGAAGGGACGCGAUCUGCAGUGCGCGCAUUGCUGGAAAACGACGGAUUUGGGUAACCAAGGCGCGGACGCUUUACCGACUCACUCUGCUCUACUUGCCUUGGCCAACAAUUUGUCGCGUCUCAAGAUCACGACAAACAAUACGUCCGGCAAACCUGACAAGGAGAGGAAGAGCGAGAACUGUCACACACACGGAAUGCCGCUAGCAUUGUGGUGUGCGACAUGUUGCACGGCGCUUUGUAGGGCGUGCGCGAGCCCACAGGAUCACCCGGGUCAUCAGAUCAAAUCGCAAACCGAUGCCAAAGAACAGCUCAUAUCCGACGUUCAACUGGAAUUAGUCACCGUGGGUAAACUGUCGACGGAGAUUCAAAGACUGGCCGUGCAGCAACGCGAGUUUCUGAUAAAGGUGCUGGAGGCGUGUGUGACGUUAAAAACGCAUGUAGAGACGGAUCUGCAAAAUGGCUGGAGUCACUUUCCCGAGAUAACGGACGCGCGCGAGACUCUAGGCAAGACGAGGGCUGGUCUGCAGAUGAGCGAGACUCCGGGUGAUGUCUACAGUCUACACUCGCAGUUAAUUCUCGAGAAACAAAGAUUGCAGUCGAAAUAUCAAGAGAUGAUGUUACAGUGUCAACUAGAUGAUCUCAUCGGCAACUCUGGAGUGAUAUUUGACUUCGCCUUGCUAAAGCAGGCAUUGGCGGGAAUACACACGGGAGAUCCAAUUGUUCCUCAAGGGAAUGGCGGUCGCUUACCGAAUCAUCUUGCGGCUUCGCAUAAUCCGAUUUUGUUCCUCGCGAAUUAUUGCAUGUCGCAGUUGUACACGCGUCACGUUGUUAGUAAGCAACAGCACAUGCAGAAUGGCUCGAUGGAAUAUCAUCAUUCAAGUAUGAUGCCACCGCCUCAACAAGCGCCAUCCGUUCACGUUCAUCAGGGUCCACCAGCGCCACCACCUAACCAAGCUCCCCAGCAACUUCUCAUUCCACCCGGUUCACCGUCCGUUAAACCCGUACCACCUGCACCGCCUAAUGCCAUGUUGCAUCCGCAGCAACAGUCAACGUUCAUGUCUGACGCGGUCGGCACUGGCGCCGGUGGCGGUAGUCUAGUGACCGUCCACUCGUCCCCGCAACCGCCGUCCAAUGCGAUAACGGCGACGUUGACGCGAGGUCCUGCGAAUCCGUAUCCUCUGUACUACUUCAACAUCGAGGUGAAUGGUUCACCGCACGGGCGCAUCGUGAUCGAAGUGCGACCAGAUGCGGCGCCGAAGAUGGCCAAGAACUUCAGCGUGCUGUCAACGGGAGAGAUCGGAUUCGGGUACAAGGGAUGUACGAUAUUCCAGUGUUGGGAAGGCGAGUCCGUGAUCACAGGUGAUUUCGAGCUUAACAACGGCCGCGGUGGACGCAGCAUAUUUGACGACGGUUAUUUCAUGCCGGACGAUACCAAGUUCCCGGCGGUUAGGGGCGCGGUGGGUAUGAGGCGGACGCAAAAACGGCACGACAACCUCGGCAUGGUCGGCUCGCAAUUUCGCAUAAUCCUGCAGGAGAUGCGCGGCUUUACUGGAAUCUUCGGUCACGUUGUCGAGGGAUUGGAACUAGUGGAGAAGAUAUCUACAUACGGCGAUCAGACCGGCAAGCCUACCAAGAAUAUUCUAAUUACGAAAUGCGGUAAAUUGUAACGUUUAUGAUG